CAAUGACGGUGACGCCACUUAAUAUCGGAGCGCGGUAUUCGAAAACGAGGCUCGUCAACUAUGUCCCAAAAAAAAAACUGGUGCUACAGGAUUUUGAGCCAGUGUUAAAAGAUAGGGAAUUUCCUAAAAUGUACCGACUUUCAACUGCUUGCAAUCGGUAACCCCGCAAAAAAUCGAGUCAAAUUUUAGGUAUUCCGACGUGAAUUUGGCCGCUCUUUUCAUUUAUAUAGGUUGACGCUUCAGAAAAUGUCUCAGUUUUGUGUAAAAUAACAAUUUGCCCCAGUUUUUAUUUCGGAUUUUUGCGCUGCGAUAGGGAGUCGGCUGAUUCACUCAACCGUAACGAGCUGGUAACGAUAGCCAACAGACGUACAAGGAAAUCAUCGCGAGAGAAAAAUUGAAAGGGUCUUUGAUGCGUUAUGGCGGAAAAUUUUAAUAUAAGACGAGAGAGAGAAAAACAGAGAAGAAAUGCUUAUGCCUUUGAACCUGUUCUACAACAGGAUCCACAACAACAGCAAUUUCAACGACAGCCUUCUAGUAGUAGUAGGCCUAGGCUUAGCAGGUUAAACAAUACUGACUGGUGCAGAUGUGGAAACUGCAGGCCUAUGCCGAAAGAAAAAGAAUGCCUUUGUUGCCAUGAGGGAGAGGAUUUCAGUGAAAAGAUGACAGACGUCGAUUGCAUUUUGAAGAAUGAAUCCUUCAAAAAGGUCUGUUUGGACAAGGAGAUUUUAGAAGUGGUGUUUGCCUCCAGAAAAGAACUGCUUGGAGAGGGUAUUAAUCACGAUGAGCUUAAUAACAGGAACUAUCGACAUAUUGGCUAUCGCUGCUUCAUUUGGUGGGUGUAUAACAGGCUGAAAAAACGUGACAGAAGGGUCAUUCCAUCAUGCUGUGUGUGGGCCAUUAGAGACCAAUUCCCAUCAGUUGAUGGAGACUACACUGGGUUUAUUGAUGCUGUAGCAGAUAAUGAAAUGGACUUUGUGUUUGAAUAAUUACGUGUCAUGUGGAAGAAUUAUUAUAAGUUGUUAUGCAACAGAUCUUUUCCAAUCGAUUCAUUCUUAAAAAUUUAGGCAACGUCUGUUAUCUCUUUUUCUGCAAAAGUUGCCCUUGUCACUCAUGUUAACAAAGGAAAUUUGUUCAGCAUAGACCUAUAUCUUUCAUAUCUGUACCCUGUCAAUUGUGUGUAACAUUCAAAGCUUAGGCUGUGUAUAUUGAAAUUUGUUGUUGCUCUUGAUACAGAUUGAAAAUUCUGUUGUAACAUGGUGGUAUAAAGUUUGUUAUGGUUGCAAUGUACAGUAUGUUCAAAUGCAUUUUGCCUCUGUCUUCCUCGCUCUCGUCUUAUAAUUGAGGCUACUAGUGUAACUUUUUAUUGCCCAUUCUUUACAUUGGUGUAAAGUUAUACAUUAAAUAUUUUGAUAAGAGUAUUUUAACUGUAGUGAUAUACUGUAAUACCUGACUGCUUUAGUGCUGCUCAUUUCAUUUUCUGUGUAUAGUAAAAUAAAUACUGUAUAUAUUUUAGAGAAAAUAUACUUGAAAUAAAUUGUUCACAAUGUACAAAUAUGUAAAAUUUGGGUUUUAAAAUGUUUAUUUACUGUGGUAACACCUGUAUUCUUGAAGUUUAAUUUACAGUAAUAAUCGUACCAAGUCAAGCACCUAAAAUAGGGAUGUUGAAUACACUAUAUUUUAAUAUGAAGUCUUUGACUUGUUGGCAAAUCUUUUGAUACAACAGUAGAAAAUAAUUAACACUUGAAAAUUAUUUUAUUUGUGGAUUAAAACCUCAUAAAAAGUUGAAUCCAAAAUGGCAUUGGUAAAUUGUUUAACUUGAUUUGGAUUACAGAUUAUUAUUUGACAAAAAACACAACUGGCAUGUGAAAUAAGAUUGACUUAAAAAUUAUCCAAAUCAGGCAAGUUUACUACAGAAUGCUAUUACCAUAUACAAAUAUUCUACACAGCUACUAGUAAUUAUGGUAAAUUAUUAUGUGUUCAAGACAUUAGUACAUAAUAAAUAAAUCAGUACAGUAUAUAGCAUACUGUAUAUUUAAAUUUGCAAAAUACUGG